AUGGCUAGGUUUCGCUCUCAUCAACGAAAGAAGAGUGCAAGGUCUAUUGCUUCAGAAGACCCCUGGAAGGUCGACACCCCCUUUGGACCACCUCGCAUCACAACCCAUUACUUCCCCGGAAGUGGUAUCCGACGAAUCCGCAAUACGCUCUCUAAACUAUCCCCCUCUGCGCGUGCCGAACGAGAACUCCUCCGGCAAAAGAACCGAUACAAGAUCCCCUUGACGGAACGGAACAUGGAUACAUUUGUGACGGAGCAGGAGUUCACCGAUGCCCGUUAUCCAGACCAACACACGAACGAGUUGCAUAUAGCCGCUUGGCUGGAUCGACUAUCCUCCUGA